GAAAAAAAAAAAGGGAAAAGAGAAAAGAGAAAAGAGUUGAGUAUGCACUAUGCAGCUUCCAAUGCAAUUCUCAAGAACAAGAACCGCCUUUGUUGAGUUGACUAAAGCCCGCUUUUAAGUCAAGGGACGAACACGGAUACCACUAGUGUUGGCCUUAUUACCGAGAAUUCUUUCACCCAACCAAAUUUCCUUCGAGCCUCUAAAAUCCCCUUUUCCUGAUACAGACUUUGAGUUUCAGAUUUGUUCUUCAACAUUUCCAGAAAUCGAAUCCCCAUUUGGGUUUUUACUGAAAACAGUCCUUCUACAUAUUGACUCUUUCUGAUUACAUUAUGGGUUGCUGUAGCAGCACGCAAAUGCCUCCAUCAUCAGGAGUUAAUGGGUUUGAUUCAGCGACAGGGAUUGCAACCAGAGGUCCAUAUCAAGCUUACCAACCUCAGUCCACUGUUCCGACUCCUCACAAGGUAUCAGCUCCUCAAACCCAAAUCCCAUCUAGCAGAAAUCAGCCUCAGCCACCGCCACCGGCGGAGCAUCCCACGUCGGCUUCUGCUUUCUCAAAGCCUGCGGUUUCUACUCCUAGAACAGCUCAAAAUUACCCAGAAACCAUUCUGGGUAGGCCCUACGAUGAUAUUAAAAAAUACUAUACUCUUGGAAAAGAAUUGGGUAGAGGUCAAUUUGGUAUUACUUAUUUAUGUACUGAGAAUUCCACUGGCCAAACUUAUGCUUGUAAAUCUAUACUCAAAAGGAAACUUAUUAGUAAGAAUGAUAAGGAUGAUAUGAAGAGGGAAAUUCUGAUUCUGCAGCAUCUUUCUGGACAGCCAAAUAUUGUUGAGUUCAAAGGUGCUUAUGAGGAUAGAUAUUCGGUUCAUCUGGUGAUGGAACUUUGUGCUGGUGGGGAGCUUUUUGAUAGGAUUAUUGCCAAGGGUCAGUACUCUGAGAAGGCUGCUGCUGAUAUUUGUCGGGCUAUUGUGAAUGUUGUUCAAAUAUGCCAUUUUAUGGGGGUUAUGCACCGUGAUCUAAAGCCUGAAAAUUUCUUGUUGGCUAGCAAGAAAGAGGAUGCAAUGCUAAAAGCUACUGAUUUUGGACUGUCUGUUUUCAUUGAAGAAGGUAAAGUGUACCGUGAUAUAGUUGGCAGUGCUUACUACGUAGCUCCUGAAGUGUUGAGGCGAAAUUAUGGCAAGGAAAUUGAUGUUUGGAGUGCAGGAGUUAUUUUGUACAUCCUUCUCAGUGGUGUGCCUCCAUUCUGGGCAGAAAAUGAGAAAGGAAUAUUUGAUGCCAUACUUCAAGGAGAUAUUGAUUUUGCUAGUGCACCGUGGCCAACAAUAUCUGAAAGUGCUAAAGAUCUUGUGAGGAAAAUGCUGACACAGGAUCCAAAGAAAAGAAUUACUCCUGCACAAGUUCUAGAACAUCAAUGGAUCAGAGAAGGUGGAGAAGCAUCAGACAAGCCAAUAGAUAACGCGGUUCUGUCUAGAAUGAAGCAAUUCAGGGCAAUGAAUAAGCUUAAGAAGCUUGCUUUGAAGGUCAUUGCCGAAAACUUAUCUGAAGAAGAAAUCAAAGGCCUUAAAGCUAUGUUUGCAAACAUAGAUACUGACAAUAGUGGCACAAUCACCUAUGAAGAAUUGAAGACAGGCUUAGCUCGACUUGGUUCACGGCUCUCAGAGGCUGAAGUGAAACAACUAAUGGAAGCUGCUGAUGUGGAUGGAAACGGAUCAAUAGACUACAUUGAGUUUAUCUCUGCAACCAUGCAUAGGCACAGACUAGAGAGAGAUGAACACUUAUACAAAGCGUUCCAAUUUUUUGACAAGGAUAGUAGUGGAUACAUUACAAAAGAUGAACUGGAGACUGCUAUGAAGGAUUAUGGCAUGGGUGAUGAAGCCAGCAUCAGAGAAAUUAUCUCUGAGGUUGACACAGAUAAUGAUGGAAGAAUCAACUACCAGGAAUUCUGUGCAAUGAUGAGAAGUGGAACAACACAACCAGGAAAACUCUUUUAAUUUCUUAGAAGCAAAUUCAACCUUCAAAGCGGUGUGUAUUAUAAUGCGAAUGAGUUGCCAACGGACUCGAAUCUGCCCGAGAUUGAUCUGACUGAUUGCCAGGACCUCUUAAAUUCAGACCUCAAACACUCGUAAUUGUUUCCUUUUUCUUUUGCUACCUUAGCUUGAGAUUAGUACUUCCCUAAGAAAUAUAGAUUAUUUUUGUGUAUAUGUAAUGUAACCUGUCUUUUCUCUUUCAGCUGUUACCUAACCGAAGGAUCUUGCAAUAGCAAGCUAAUAAUUUUCAUUGUCAUUUUCCAGCUCUGUUUGUUUGUUUAACUAUUGGAAUUAGAUUAAAAGAA